CAGACGUGGGAAAUGGCGAGCUAGAAUAAUCGGAGAGCGCGAGACGCUCGGCAUCCGCCCCACCCCGGCGCGUGAACGUGUGUUUGUGCGUUUAUAUAGACACACAGUUAUAUAUAUUUGUAAAAUAUAUAUUUUGUACUUUUAAUCGCUUCGUUCCUGUGGAAACGAAUCGUUUGACAACGGGAUGCAGUGUCAAAGCCAAAGGGUGAUGAGUGAGAAGCGCGAGCCCGAGCACGCGGCCAAGCAGGUCCGGUUCGCGGGGAAAUGCAGCGCCGGUACCGGGCGAGGAGGAGGGGGAGACCCGGCGGCGGUGGUGGUGGUGAGCAUUAAUGACGACACAGAGGAAAAGAUCGGACCGCAGCUCAAACUCCUGCCUUUAAACGACCAAAUCCGCGAGCUGCAGACCAUCAUCCGGGACAAAUCCACCAGUCGAGGUGAUUUUGUGUUCUCUGCCGACAGAUUGAUUAGAUUGGUGGUCGAAGAGGGACUCAAUCAGCUUCCUUACAGUGAGUGCACUGUGAUCACACCCACAGGUCACAAGUAUGACGGGGUGAAGUUUGAGAAGGGAAACUGUGGCGUGAGCAUCAUGCGCAGCGGUGAGGCAAUGGAGCAGGGUCUGAGGGACUGCUGUAGGUCAAUCCGCAUCGGGAAAAUUCUCAUCCAGAGUGACGAGGAGACUCAGAAAGCAAAAGUGUUCUACGCCAAGUUUCCUCCCGAUAUCAGCCGCAGGAAGGUUCUGCUAAUGUACCCCAUCCUGAGUACGGGUAACACAGUGAUUGAAGCGGUGAGGGUGCUAAAGGAACAUGGCCUCCAAGCCAAACACAUCAUACUCCUGAGUCUUUUCUCCACACCACAUGGUGCGAGGUCCAUAAUAAACGAGUUUCCUGAUAUAACAAUCCUGACAACUGAGGUCCACGCUGUCGCUCCCACACACUUCGGCCAGAGAUACUUCGGCACAGACUGACACACACACACACACACACACACACACACACACAAACCCAGGUGGGAAAGUAUUGCAACAUUUUUCGGUUGGUCAAUUUCCAGUGUUUCUGAAACUUCCAUGCUCAGUAUUCGUCGCACAUACUCACACUUGACACACACGAUGGACAGCAUGUGGGCGGAGCCUCUCUGGCCAGACAGACAGAGCAUGGAGCAAGGUGUCCAUCUGAUGCCCCGCCCACAUUGGUAUUAGGACACAUUUUUGAGGCACUUAGUUCCUCUGCAGCUUUGUGUGUGUGUGUGUGUGGCUGCUGUUCAACUUAUGCUGCUGGGACUUUCUAAAAAAAAUAAAAAAUCAUGAACACUUUUUUCGAAAAAAUUAAACAAAAUUUAAUAGUGUAAAUAGUUUUUACAAAAAGAAAAAAAAAACACCCCACUGUACCUCUGCCUUCCAGCAGGGGGCAUCAGAUCCCAGUUCUGGCCACAGUUCUCCGCGCCCACAUCAUCCAUCGUCUGUGUGUUUUUAUUUCUACACGGUUCUGGAGUGUUUCAGAGUUUAGAGCACACAUUCCAGCUGGAUUAUUUCCUCCAGGUUCUGCUGAAUCAGUGCUUUGACAAGAUUAUAUUAUCUAUAUAUUAAAUAAAUAAAAGUAUUUUGUAUUAAUGAA